AUGAAGUUAUGGAAGUGAAAACAGCGUGAAAACGACUCAACAAUAGACAUCUAACGGAGAUUAUCAUUCACGUUUCCAGGACUCGGUGUCUCAUCUACCCGACAUCAAAGACAUCAACGUGAACCCGGUGUUCCCCAACAGAACUCAGCUGCUGCACAUGCACAACAUGGCCCUAAACAGGGCCUUCUUCUGGUCCUACAUACUGCAGAGCCGCUUCAUCCGACCGGCCAUCAACGACACCUACGAUCCCGGCAUGAUCUACUAUUUCCUGUCGACGGUAGCCGAUGUGUCCACGAACAAGCAUAUCAACGCCAGCGCCAUCUAUUUCGCUCCCAACAUGUCCUAUUCCAGCUCGUACAGGGGAUUUUUCAACAAGACGUUUCCCAGAUUCGCUCCGAGGACCUUCAGAGCUGAUGACUUCAACGACCCCAUUCACCUGGAACGCAUUUCCACCCUGGACACCUUCACUGUCCACGAUUUGGGCUCGAUACGACCAGAUACCAGCGAUGAUUAUACCAGCGACUACUACCGCAUCAACGAGUGGUACAAGCAAUGGCUGCCCGAUGACGUAGUGGGCAGGCACGACACCAAGACCACCUACCAGGUGGAGAUCCGAUAUGCCAACAACACCAAUGAGACGUUCACAUUCCACGGGCCCCCGGGGCCGGACGAGGUGCCCGGACCUGUCAAAUUCACGAGGCCUUACUUCGAUUGCGGUAGGAGUAACAGGUGGCUGGUGGCGGCGGUGGUUCCCAUAGCGGACAUCUAUCCGAGGCAUACCGGAUUCAGACACAUCGAAUAUCCGACUUACACUGCCGCAGCCGUAGUAGAGAUGGACUUCGAAAGGAUAGACAUAAAUCAAUGUCCACCAAGUGCAGGAAACAUCGGACCAAACAGAUUCGCAGACACAGCCAGAUGCAAAAACGAAACGACAGAGUGUGAACCACUACACGGUUGGGGAUUCCGCAGAGGUGGGUACCAGUGCAGAUGUAGACCGGGUACCAGGUUACCUCUACAAACCAGAAGACCUUUCUUGGGAGAAAUCAUAGAAAGAGCUACGGCAGAGCAAUAUUACAACGGAUUCGAUUGCAAGAAAAUCGGAUGGAUUCAAAAACUGCCCGUCCAAUGGGAAAAAUCCGAUCCCUAUCUCAGAGAAGUCAAUCUCGACAAGUAUCCGGAAUAUAGGGACCAAGUACGUGGUCCUGCUACCCUAAAUCAACCCCAACUCAACGUCCAUCGAGUGCUCGACUUCAUAUUGGGCAUGAACAAAGACAAUUGCAAAAGGUAUAAACCGGAAGAUCUGCAACUACACGGUGGAGUCAUGUACGGUGCCGAGGAAUUUUUCGAAAACGAAGCCAAAAUGGCGCUACGUCUGGCCAAUUUCAUCAGCGCCUUUUUGCAAGUAUCCGACUCCAAAGAGGUGUAUUCUGGAAAGAGAGUGGCCGACAAGGAUUUGACGGAAGAUCAGAUGAUCGGAGAAACCCUUGCUCUCGUAUUGGGUAACAGUCGGAUUUGGUCGGCCGGAACGUAUUGGGAACGCAACAAAUUCACCAAUCGAACCCUCUUCGCUCCCUACGCUUACAAAAGGCCUAAAAUAACCAGAAAAUUCAACGUCGAAGAUCUCGCUAGACUGAACAAGCCGGAAGAAUCCUACCUCAAUAAGCCCUGGUUCAAAUUCCUCAAGUACCGUUGGGCCUCCAAUUUCGACAAUCUCGAAAAAUUCUGGAUGAAAAUUCGACUCAGGUUCAACGAGACAGGGGAAAACACGAUGAAAUUCGAACACUACCCCACGUACUAUAGGGGUGCCAGAUUGGAGCACGGCUAUUGGACGCAACCCUACUACGAUUGUCACGGCAAAGUGCCCAUGUGGAAGAUCAAGUAUGUGGCGCCCUUCUUCGGAUGGGACAGUCUCAAGGUCAAACUCGAAUUCAAGGGAGCAGUGGGAGUCACGAUGGACUUACUGAAAUUGGAUAUAAACCAAUGUAAUGAUGAAUACUAUGUACCCAAUGCAUUCCAGAAUACUCAUAAAUGUGAUGAAAAGGGCUCCUAUUGCGUCCCCAUCUUGGGCAGAGGCUUCGAGACUGGAGGCUACAAGUGCGAGUGCAAACAAGGUUUCGAGUACCCUUUCGAGGACCCCAUCACCUACUACGAUGGACAAGUGGUCGAAGCCGAAUUCAGCAAUCUGGUCGACGACAAUCUGACGCGUUUCAACAUGUUCAAAUGCCGAUUGGCAGGCGCUACAAACGUCAAAACUGGCUUGGUGACGGUAUUUUUAUUGGUAAUUGUCAGUUACGGACUUUACAGGGUUAGGUAGAGCUAAUUUUUAUCGAUGACGAUCAGGAAUUGAUGGUAAUUUUGCACUAUCAUGCGAUGGAAACUUCAAACUUUGUGAAAUAUCUCGAUAAAUAGUGGUUUUUCCACUUUUUCAAUAUGAAAUACGUGUUUUUUAGACAAAAAUACGUAAGGAACAAGAAAAAAUUCGAAAAACGAACAUCGCAUAAGUGCUGAAUCACCAAAAUGAUCAUUGUUGGAUUCUUGGAAUUCGGCCCAUAAUGCUUCACUGACUGACUAAUGAGAAAUAACAUCUCGAAAAUUCAACAAAUAAUAAAAAAGAAAAUCAAGUAUGCCACUUCAUGGCUAUUGAUAUCCUACUGAUUUUGCUGUUGACAUGAAGAUAUCUAAAGACACAGACAUUUCCCAUCACCUACUACGACGAACAAGUGGUCGAAGCUGAAUUCAGCAAUCUGGUCGACGACAAUCUGACGCGUUUCAACAUGUUCAAAUGCCGAUUUGCAGGCGCUACAAACGUCAAAACUGGAUUGGUGAUGGUAUUUUUGUUGGUAAUUGUCAGUUACGGGCUUUACAGGGUUAGGUAGAGCAAAUUUUCUUCGAUGACGAUCAAGAAUUGAUGGUAAUUUUGCACUAUCAUGCGAUGGAAACUUCAAACUUGUUUGUGAAAUAUCUCGAUGAGUGGUUUCACUACUUUUUCAUUAUGAAAUACGUGGUUUUCAGACAGAAAUACGUAGGAAACAAGAAAAUAAAUCGUGAAAAAACAUCGAUUUUGGAAUUUGACCUAUAAUGCUUCAUUGACUAACGUGAAAUUACAUCUCGAAAAUUUCACACCAAACAUUUUCGAUCAAUCUAAAACCUGUAUUUCUAAUCUUUGCCUUUGCAACUAAACAAAUUUCUUGGAAUUUUUUUCGUCCUUCUUGCGGGACAAAGCAUGAAAUUUCACUGGACAUUUUUUGACGUUUAUAGGUCAAAUGACAUUUACAUUCAACUCUAGAUUAUUUCGAGUUCAUUCUAUAAGUCAAUAAAUAAAAAUCAUUUAUCAACAGUUCAUCAUAUGUAGGUAUACUUGCAAAUUCGAAAAAUUCACAAAACACAUGUAGUAACAACAAAAAUGAAGGGAAUACAAAUUUGAUAUUAU